AUGGUGAAGAUCCCCAAGAGUAGUAUGCUCGAAUUGGAUGCUUCUGACAUAGAAGGGAGCAUGGAUACCCCAUUUCUCGAGGAAGAAGAUCUGUCACAUGAUGAUAAUUGCACAAACCUGAGGAACUCGAUGCAAUUGCACGUCAACUCACUCAACAAAAGGAUGGAGUUUACCGGAUACACAAAGAGAGUACGGGAGGUUGAAAUCACCAUGACGCAAAAUCACGAUUCUUCGUUUGAAAACUCAUGCCCAUUGGAUAGUCCGUUUGUUGAGGCUGUUCAGGACAAGUCUGCUAAUGAGAGACAUCCUCUUGAUUUAACUUCAAAUAUUACAUUCAUUAAAUGGUGUGAGGAAUUGAACUCUAUACAAAAAGAAGAGCAAAGACUCAUCAACCAACUCUUCAUCGAGAGGUACAAGUUGUACAUGAGAUAUGAGCUAUUGAACAAAGCGUUGAACAAGUAUGCUAACCAAUUGAGUACCGAGAAGACCAAGUUGAGUGAAAAAUUCGACCAUAUCAGAAAAACCUUUUCCGAUAUUCUCAAUCUUGCCGUCUAG